AUGGUAGUGAUAGACGGAAGCAUUCCCUGUUCAGGACGUGUGUGUGAUAAAACCCAGGCCUCACAGACUAGCCCCAGAUCUCACUCUUUCAACCUAGGACCCACCCUGACCAAGGAACUGACUUUUUCUUCAAAUAUUGGACAACAUGAUCUGAACACAAAGAGUAAACAGAUUCAGCAGUGGAUCGAAAAAAAGUACAAAGUCCAGAUUACAGUAAAGAAAGGGAAGAGUGCAGAUGAGCCCGAGGACAAAAUGGAGGAGAUGUGUAAUCGAAUAGUCCAGGCCGUGUCUGGAAUUGCAACCUUCUCAUCCCGGCCGCAGCCCAUCAGAGGAGGCAAGGCUGUGAUGUGUGUUCUUCGUCCCUUGAGCAAAAAGGAGGAGGCUGCAUGGAGAGCAGCUCCGGGCACCCCAAGAGGAGACGCUCUGAACAGGGGAGACGGGAAGGACGGAGCAUCUGGUGUCCUGCCCCAGUGACUUUAAUAAACACAUGCUUCCAGGGGAGAGAAACUGCA